AAACACCGCUCGUCCGUCGGCUCCAGCUCCAGCAGUUUCCCCGUCUCUCGGUGGUUCAAUGCGGCGGCGGACUCCACUCCUGCCCCGGGUCUCUUCCUCCGCACUGCCGAACAUUUAUGACUGAUUGAUCCGCAACCAUGACGUUCAACAGCCGCUGUUCCGCAGCGGAUCCUCCGGGCCUUGAGAGUCAGCGGCGGGAGGUCGAGUCUCUGCUGCGGGAGAGUGAGCUGUGUGUCGGGGACAGUUGGUACAUGGUGGAACGUCGCUGGUUUGAUCAGUGGAAAGAAUUUGUGGAAUCUGGAGACCGGAACUCGUCUUCGUUCCCCGGUCAGAUUGACAACACCGAGCUGUUUGAGGAGCUGGACUCGUAUCACCUGAAGGAUCGUCUGGUGGAGAACGAGGACUUUGUGCUGUUGCCGGCCGAGGCCUGGCACAAGCUGCUGUCCUGGUACGGCCUGGUGGACGGUCAGCCGCCGCUGGAACGCAAGGUGGUGGACCUGCCCAGCACCAUGAAGGUAGAGGUUUACCCCGUCGAAAUCUUCCUCUGUCUUCAUAGCGACAUGGAGAACGUCGUCACUGCUCCGUUCAGCCGCACUGACGACAUCUACUCCAUCCAGAAAGCAGUGUGUCAGUCGUUCUCGGUGCCUCCGGGUUCAGAGUGUCGUCUGUGGAUGAAGAGUUCAGACAGCAGCUGUGAGCGGCUCAGAAACGUCCACAUGAGUGUGUUGGACACGUGUUUGAGUUCGGGGAUGACAGUGAUCAUGGAGACGAGGAAUGCUGAUGGUACUUGGCCGAGCUCCAGACCUCAGAUCAUGAGAAACUCUGUGGAGGAGCAGGAGUCGUACCGAGGUCAGCCUGGAGUUUGUGGCCUCACUAACCUGGGAAACACCUGCUUCAUGAACUCUGCUCUACAGUGUCUGAGCAACACUCCGCCGCUCACCGAGUACUUCCUGCAGAGCUCGUACCUGGAGGAGCUGAACUUUGCGAACCCUCUGGGGAUGAAGGGUGAGAUCGCCGAGGCCUACGCUGACGUCAUCAAACAGAUGUGGUCGGGGAGACAUUACUCUGUGGUGCCGCGGGUUUUCAAGACAAAGGUGGGUCACUUUGCGUCUCAGUUCCUUGGUUACCAGCAGCACGACAGCCAGGAGCUUCUGUCUUUCCUGCUCGAUGGACUUCAUGAAGAUCUGAACCGAGUCAAAAACAAAGAGUACAUCGAGCUGCGGGACGCAGACGGACGUCCUGACCAGGAAGUGGCGGAGGAGGCCUGGCGCAACCACCGGCGGCGGAACGACUCGGUGAUCGUGGACAAGUUCCACGGCCUCUUCAAGUCCACGCUCGUCUGUCCAGAGUGCCGCAAAGUCUCGGUGACCUUCGACCCCUUCUGCUACCUGAGUGUGCCACUUCCUGUCAGUAAAGAGCGAGUCAUGGAGAUUUUCUUUGUCUCUCUGGAUCCACACGCCAAACCCGUGCAGCAUCGAGUCGUCGUUCCUAAAGCAGGAAAAGUGUCAGAUCUCUGCUCUGCUCUGUCUCACAUGACCAACGUACCUGCCUCACAGAUGGUGGUCGCUGACGUCUUCAAUCAUCGUUUCUAUAAAAUCUAUAACCCUGAUGAGUCUCUGAGCUGCAUCCUGGACAGAGACGACAUCUUUGUAUAUGAGCUGAGUGAGCAGCAGCAGCAGCAGGAAGAGGAGGAGGAGCAGCAGCAGCAGCAGCAGGAGGAGGAGGAGGAGGAGCAGCAGCAGCAGCAGGAGGAGCAGCAGCAGCAGCAGGAGGAGGAGGAGCAGCAGCAGGAAGAGGAGCAGGGGCAGGAGCCUGUACUUCUCGCUCUCUACCUGCGGGAGCGCUCUCAAUACAGAGAUUAUGGGUCGGGCAGCAGCUCAUACGGGACGUCGCUCUUCGGUCACCCGCUGCUCCUCAAUGUGCCGCGCAGCAGCUGCAGCCAGGAGGCUCUGUACACACUGUUCCUGCAAAGGCUGGCACGCUAUGUGCGACCUCCUGACCCCUCUGAGGAGUUAGAGGAGGAAGAGGAGGACGACGACGAAGAGGAACUUUACAAAACUCAGACCAACGGCGUCAAUGACGAUGACGCAGACAAAGUGGACAAGUCGUCUCCGUCCGCUCCCUGCUGCACUGACACGCCGCUGGCCAACAGCCAAUCACAGGACAGCAGCAGAGCCGCAGAGCCGCUCCCACACCUCAACCACACGCCCUCCUCAGUGGACAACAGCGACCCCAUACCAGAGACCAGCAACGGGUCACAUGACCAGACUGAGCUCCGCCCCUCCGUCGUCUCCACAAAUUGCACGGACGGCGUGGAGCGCGACGCGAGCGAGGAAACGGACGCCAACGUCUCAGAGACGCCGCCACAGCCACAGACCUGUGAGACUGAGGACGAGGAACGAGAGGAGGACAAGCAGGAGGAGGCGCGGUCUCCCAGCCCGUCCACCAAUGAGCAGCCGGCAAAGACGAGGGUGUGUCGUAAGAGGAGGAAGAGUCUGUUCAGCAUCCAGGCGGUGAACUCUAACGGGACGACAGAGAGAGGGAUGGGAGAGGGAGGGAACGCUGUGUCCUUCAGCUCUCAGCCGUACGUGGCCAUCGACUGGGAUUCAGACAUGAAGAAAAGAUUCUACAACGAGAACGAAGCCGAGAAAUAUGUGAAACACGCCAGCAUGGACGUUCCUCAGCAGCAGACCACGGUGCAGCUGCAGGAGUGCAUCGAGCUGUUCACCACUGUGGAGACACUGGAGGAGGAGAACCCAUGGUACUGUCCGGUGUGUAAGAAACACCAGUUGGCCACUAAGAAGCUGGACCUGUGGUCUCUGCCUGAGGUCCUCAUCAUUCACCUCAAGAGGUUUUCUUACACCAAGUUCACCAGAGAGAAACUUGACAGCAUCGUGGAUUUUCCCCUCAGAGGCCUGGACUUCUCCAGCUGUCUUCUGAGGAAACAUCUGUCAAAUGAGGAGCCUCCGAGCUGCUAUGACCUCAUCGCUGUGUCCAAUCACUACGGAGGACUGAGGGACGGACACUACACCAGCUACGCUAAGAACAAGGACAACGCUCAGUGGUAUUACUUUGACGAUAGUAAAGUGACCUUUGCCUCCGAGGACCAGAUCGUGACCAACGCUGCCUACGUCUUGUUUUACCACCGACAAGAUAAACUCAGAAAACCCACGCUGCCCCCGCCCACCACAAGCUCCGCCUCCUCCUCUGCCCCUCAGCUUGCCAACGACAUCACUUCCGGCAAAGAUGACGGCACAGAUUUGGGCGCCGCCUCCUCCUCUGCCUCCGCCUCUUACAUCACCAUGGAAACGAACUAAAUAAGAGCGAGAGUUUGACUGUGAUGUAAUGACUGUUUUUUUUUUACUUAAGUCAUUUAUCAACAACACUUGAACUUUGACCUCUCAGUUCUGCUCUGGACUUUAAAGGGACAGUUCAGGGUUUUUACGUGAGAUAAUCUACGAUUUAAGAUGACACAGAUUUUAUUAAUGCAGUUUUUCACACAAAAAAACAAUGAACUGUCCCUUUACAAUGAGUCAUUCUGGAUUCUCAGGUAGAUUCAUCAGGUUUUUGUUUUUCAGGAAACGUUAAAUUAAUCUGCUUAAAAAAUAUCUACUGUUUCCACUUUAAAUAAAUGAUCAGUUCAUAUUUUUAUUUCAAAAUAAGACUUCAGAUGUUAAUGUUUUAAAAAGAAGCUUUAAAGUUUUUUUUCCCAGUGAUAAAAUAAAAAUAACUUUCAUAUUUCUGUUGUGUACCUAAUAUUUAGGUCGAUUUCUGCUUUAAAUUCAUUUUUGUUUUAGCACAAUUUUAAUUCAUUCCAUUUACCAUGAAAUUUAGACAAAGACGUCUUUGACGUUUCUGUUUGCUGUAUUUAAUAAAUAAACGUAUCUGAACGUUAAAUUCAUCAUGAAAUAGUUUUACAAUAAUCUGCUUUAUUUUGAAAAUCAUGGUGAAUGUGUCAUGGAGGUUGGAGCAGAGAGCAUCAUAGGAAACAGAGUUAUUUUGAAGCUGCCACAGACCAUAAAUGAGUCUUUCUCUGUUCAUUAUGAUUGUUUUCUUUGUAUUUAUAUUUUUGUUCUUGAAUGAAUUUAUUGAUGGACAGGUGCAGGACAUGAAGACGCUUCUUAUUGUUGUUUUUGUUUGUAUUUAUAGAUCAAACGGUCUGGGCUUGAUCUCUGUAAACACCAGCUGUGUACAGUAUUUUUCUAACAUCUUCAUUAUUAUUAUUCUUCCUGGGUGGAACCAGCAGGGGGCGCUUUCUCUUUAUUCUUCCCUGUCAAAUAUCAGAUGAAAUAUUUUAUUGUACUUUCAAUUUUUUUAUAUGAAUAAAAAGAUUGUUUUCAUCA